CUGAUGCAGGAACUCUCUCAUUAGUUACUCAUUGCCUGAGAAAGUCUCAUAAAACAGCCAGCAGAGCCCAGCAAAUACUUCAGUCUUGUGCGAGCUCAGAAAUCCAGGAAUUGAACGAGGCCUUGAACCCAUUUUAUAGACUCACUUCUUACUGAAAGAUCAUAAAAUAUUAAAAUUCAGACCCUAUAAAUAAGGAGGGGAAAGAACUGUGCAUUUCCCAGCAGAAGCAGCCUCUCCAGGGACUCUUCCCAAGAGCCAGCUCUGCUCCGAGAUGGCGCAGAGACGCAGCCUCGCCGUCCCCUACAGAGCGCCCGUCCUUGCUGUUUCCUUCUUGGCAUGUGUGGCCACAGCUUUGGAACUGUCUGUAAAUAACCACGCUGCUGACUUCACCCUGUCUACAGGGCUCAGCCCUGCCAUCUCCCUCUCGUGCCUCGUACACAACAGCAGCCAGGCCGAGGAGCUGCUCUGGUACCGCGGAGAUGGGCAAGUGGAUCUGAAAGACGGGAAUAAAGUGAACAUCAGCAACAUCUGCAUAUCCCCAGUCAACGAGUCUGACAACGGAGUCACCUUCACGUGCAGGCUGGCACGGGACAAGUCUGUGCAGGUGUCUGUGAUCCUGGAUGUGCAGUUCCCUCCCCAGCUGAGUGGAGAGGAGACCCUCCACGUGGAAGAAGAGAAAGAUGUUACUCUGACCUGCAACUCCAAAUCCAACCCUCAAGCCCAAAGCACCUGGUUAAAGGACAACCAGAGCUUGACCCUGCAGCAAAGUCACCACGAGCUGUACCAGACCAGUGAGGUCUGUCAGCUCUCCAUCAGAAAAGUGCAGAAGUCUGACAACGGGACCUACACCUGCAUGGUGGAAUCACGCCUGGGAAAUGGGACAAGGGAUUUCCACCUCAUAGUUGAAGAUAAAAAACCUGUUUUUCCCAAGGAGGCUGUUAUUGCUGCUGUUGUGGUGGUUACAAUCACAGUACUUUUUGGAAUUGUGGCUCGAAAAGAUAAAUUUUUUAAGUGCUUCAAGAAACCAAGAGAAACAGCUCUGAGGUGAUUUUUCGUUUCUUCUGUUCAUUUUGCUGCAGGUAAAGAACACGCAGAAAACAUCAUUUCUAGUGGUCAACCAAAGCCAUUGUGUGAGAUGAUGAGAUAAAGCACUGAAACAGCUUUUUUGGGAUCAAGUUUAUAUGUUUUUUUCAAAAUAUAAGUGGUUCUCUGCAUCUGUUGAUUCUAAGCUGCUGCUUAGAGGGUCAGAACUGUUAGAACUGGUCCCUGGGAACCUUUCCUUGCAGCACCAUUGAGGCAGGUGGGCUGCAUGAGAUGAUGCCAGCUCUUUCCCUCCAUGCUUAUUCCAACAAGGAAUGCAUGUGCAGUCAGGCAUGUGGGUUGUGGAUCAGUCUACAGAGGAAUCUCUACUGCAUGGUGAUGCUGAUGCACACAAAUAAAGUGAGGUGUUGGGCUGACAGCUGCUUUCUGUCCUGCUGUGCGUUGGGGUGGUGGCCACCCAACUCUCUGCCCCUUCCCAAUGAUCCUGUGGGCAUCUCAGCUCCUCCUGCCAGGGCAAAAUCUGCCUGGCACUCGGCACUGCUGCUGCACCUCCAGUCUCUGUGGCUCACCAGAGCUUGGGGCAGCCCCAAGUGCUCGAUGACACACCGUGAAGGUCCAGUGGGAUUGCUCCAGCACCACGAUGGGUGGAAAACACCUCCAUCCAUCCCUUCCCCCAACAAAAGUGCCACUCAAGCACUUUUCUCAAGGUCCUGGCAAGCUGUUGAGGCCUCAUCAUGCCUUGGAAUAGUCCAUUACUAAUACUGUCAAUAAACACUGCGUGCUGUAAAUCAAUUUGAGACACCAGUGCUCUUCUCAGAGGAGCGGGCAGUUCCUGAAGAGGAAAAUUCUGCAGCCUGAUCUGGAGUGUGAUCCAGAGUGUGUCCUUGACUCACCAGUGCUCAGGGAGGUCCCUCAAAGUGCCACAGCGGUGCCACCUGAUGUUCCUGGGCACUCAGCCUCAACACCAGCAGCUGUGGAGAGCUGUCCCAAACCCUCCUGUAGAUCUGCCGCAGCGCAGGGGGUGACACCGUGCAGACAGAGCUGGGGACAGCGGGAUGGGGGUGCUCCGGGUGGGUGCCACCAGCACUGCAGAAAUGAGCUUGUGCCCCCGGCACUGACACGAGCUUGUGCCACAAACAGCCCCCAGCACUGAAGCCCCUCGGGACGGGGAGGCCACUGCAGGCAGUGUGGGAUAUUCUGCAGCCGGGAACAUUGAGGGGGCCCUGUGAGGGGCUGGCAAGCGGGGCCGGUGAGAGGGGUCCGUGUGAGGGGCCGGUGUGAGGAUCUGUGCGAGGGGUCCCUCGGAGGGAUCCAUGCGAAGGGUCCCUGUGAGGGAUCCCUGCGAGGGGCCGCCGAGAGGGGUCCGUGUGAGGGGCUGGUGUAAGGGGUUCAUGUGAAGGGUCCCUGUGAGGGAUCUCUGUGAGGGGGUCGGUGUAAGGGGUUCAUGUGAAGGGUCCCUGGGAGGGAUCUCUCUGAGGGGGUCGGUGUAAGGGGUUCAUGUGAAGGGUCCCUGUGAGGGAUCUCUGUGAAGGGGUCGGUGUAAGGGGUUCAUGUGAAGGGUCCCUGUGAGGGAUCUCUGUGAGGGGCCGGUUUAAGGGGUCCCUGUGAGGGGUCCCUUGAGGGGGUCGGUGUGAGGGGCCGCCGAGAGGGCUCCCUGUGAGAGGGGUCCGUGUGAGGG